AAACAGGGAGAGAAAGAGAGAGAGGGGGUCGAGCAUGAGAAGCGUCAUCAGUUCAGAGCAGUCACAUAACACUGAGAGAUCACCUGGAGAACACCCCACACUGAACAGCAGGACAAAAACACAGAGGAGGCCGAGCGAGGAGCCCAUGGCAGAGGGAGGCUGUACGAAAACAGAGGAGGAGGAGGGGCAGGCCGCAGAGGAAGACCCUCAGUCGUACCACGGCGAGGGUGUGUGCAAGUGGUUCAAUGUUCGGAUGGGUUUUGGGUUCCUGUCCAUGAGCACGCGGGAUGGUGUGCCUUUAGAAACUCCAGUCGACGUGUUUGUCCAUCAGAGUAAACUGCACAUGGAGGGUUUCCGCAGUCUGAAGGAGGGUGAGGCUGUUGAAUUCACGUUCAAGAAGUCCUCCAAGGGUCUUGAGUCUCAGCGUGUGACGGGUCCUGGAGGAGCUCACUGUCUGGGCAGUGAGAGGAGACCCAAAGGCAAGAGUGUCCAGAAACGCCGGCCCAAAGGAGACAGGUGUUACAAUUGUGGCGGUCUGGACCACCAUGCCAAAGAGUGCAAGUUGCCUCCCCAACCCAAAAGAUGCCAUUUCUGUCAAAGUGUCGCACACAUGGUCGCCAACUGCCCCGCCAAAGCCCAGCAGACGUCUCAGGGGUCCCAGGAAAGGUCUAGCGGUAUCAAAGAAGAGAAAGCGGAGCACAGUCAUUCCCCGCCACCCACCGGGAGCACCGACUGAGAACGGUGGGACCACGCUUGAAAACCAAUCAUAUCACUAUACUGGAAAAAAAUGAAAUAAAUGCAAAUGCUGCUGUUGGAAAUCUCUCAGGUCUAUAAAAGCAACAGAUGAGAAGAAUGUAACUUUUUUUUAUUGGUUUAACACUCAGGAAUAGAGCUGCUCUCAGGAAUUUCAGUACAAUGUUUGGUGUAUUUACAGAAGUAAUCAUCUCAUAUCAAAUUAAGGGUAUGUUAACUUGACAACAAUGUACUAAAACAGAUGUUGUCAAAACGAUCCCCGUUCACACGGAUCUGUGUAAACUGCUAAAACACUGCAUUAUUCAUGCCAGGCCAGUAGUUGGCGAUGUCACGUUGUAAAGAAACACUACGCAUCUGCGCACCUACAUAUUCUUCAAGUACUCCUGCAUAUUGAACAUAUGCGUAUGCGCAUGACAUCUCUGUUUUUUUGUUUGUUAUUUUUUCACAAAUUUAUGUUUUAGUAGUUUACACAGAGGCGAUAAUGGUAUUUUGUUUUUUAAAAACGUUUACUUUGAAAUGUGAAAGUUUGCGUUUUCAGGCCUCCGAAGCGCCAUUGAACAGCUAAAAACGCAUGAAGCUGGAAACAGUUAUUUUUAAAAGUGUUUUCUCUGCUGAGUUGGCGAAAGGAAUAUACCCAAAACAAAAGUCUUAUUCUUACAGAUUGAUUGUUUGAUGCAUUUGA